AUGGUCUCUGAAACCCCUCUUCGACUUCCAGUCAUAGACUUUUCCAAGCCAAACCUAAAACCAGGCUCUCUUGAGUGGGGUUCAGUGAAAUCCCAAGUCAGAAAAGCCCUAGAAGAAUUCAGUUGUUUCGAGCCUUUGUUUGACAAAGUUCCUGUAGAGCUUUGGAAAAGCAUUUUUGGGGCACUAGAAGCGCUUUUUGACCUACCAUUACAAACCAAACUUUGGAACCUUUCAAAAAGGCCCUUUCAUCGUUACGUUGGACAAUACCCUCAAGUUCCUCUCUAUGAAAGCAUAGGCAUUGAUGACGCAAACAUCAUCGAGAAAGUCGAAAGCAUGACCAAUAUUUUGUGGCCUAAAGGAAACGAAAGUUUCAGCAAAACGAUACAUUCAUUUUCGAAGCAAGUAUCAAAAUUAGAUCAAACAAUUAGGAGGAUGAUUUUGCAGAGUUUCAAUCUGGAGAAGGACAUGGAUGAACACAUGAACUCAAUAUUAAUAUAUUUGGGCUACAAUCAAAUACUCAUGCACUUAAACGAUCAAGAGAAAAUUGCCUUCAUCACUGAGAGGGGUAUUUAUUGCUACAAGGUGAUGUCGUUCGGCUUGAAAAACUUUGGUGCCACCUACCAGUGUCUUGUGAAUAGGAUGUUUGCCAGCUUGUUAAGAGAUUCCAUGGAAGUAUACAUUGAUGACAUGGUGGUGAAGUCGCUGGCCCCCAGCCAACACCUUGACCACCUAAGGCAAGUGUUUGAGGUAUUAUGA